AUGGCGGCCGCCGUGAAAGUGACAAGUGUUUUCCGCAAAAGUCUUUUCAAUGGGAAAGUUGCUAUAGUCACAGGAGGUGGCACGGGUAUUGGUAAAGCAAUAACACAAGAACUUCUUCAUUUAGGUUGUAAAGUGAUGAUAGCUUCUAGGAACAUUGAGAGGCUACAGAAAGCUGCUGAGGAAAUGAGGUCAACCAUUGUCCCUAGUAAACCCACAAACCUAGCUCAUAUGCAGUGUAACAUCAGAAAAGAAGAUAACGUAAAGGAACUGAUUUCUACAACAUUAAACCAAUUUGGAAAAGUGGACUAUUUAGUCAACAAUGGCGGUGGUCAGUUUCCAAGUCCUGCCAGUAAUAUAUCAGUCAAGGGUUGGAAUGCUGUAAUAGACACAAAUCUCACAGGGACCUUUGUUAUGUGUAGGGAGGUUUACAACCAGUGGAUGGAAAAAAAUGGUGGAGUAAUAGUCAACAUUAUAGCAGACAUGUGGAAGGGCUUCCCUUCCAUGAGUCAUACCGGAGCUGCUCGAGCUGGUGUGGAUAACCUGACCAAGUCUCUGGCUAUUGAGUGGGCCGCUGAUGGAAUUCGAGUAAACGCUGUGGCACCAGGCAGUUCGAUAUUCUCAGAGACAGCAGCUGCAAAUUAUGGAGAUAGUAAGAUAUUUGAAAACAUGAUUGACGUUCUACCUGUGAAAAGACUUGGAACUCCAGAGGAGAUAUCAUCCUGUGUAUGUUACCUGUUGUCACCUGCCGCUAGCCUUAUUUCUGGAGAGACUGUCAAAGUAGAUGGCGCUGCUAGUCUUUAUCACACAAAGUGGGAGAUCAGGGAUCACAAGAAACUUCCAGCAUUCUCUUGGAAAGAUUACAACCCAGAUGAUGAAGAUAACGAUGAACCAAAAUCCAAACUAUGAGUGUUCUUGUGUAAUUUAAUUAAAGAUAUCUGUGUAAAGUUGUGAGUGCAGAGUAUCAUGUGGUUUGUUAGUGAUGGCAGCUGGUAUCUAUUGUAACCUUUUUUUCUUGUCAAAUUAAAUUAACUAAGAAUUCAUAUUUCAUCUAUGAUACCUCAGUAAUGUAAAUUUUGUUUUAAAAGUGAUUGCUGAUUGUCAUUUGAAGACCAUAUAAUUACAUUGUACAUGCUUUUGUGUAUACAUUUAUUGAUCAAUAUCAAGAUAAUUUCAUGUGCAAAAUUGUGAAAAUUACAAGUUUUAUUGAUUAGUUUUCAUAUCAAAAACCUAUGCAGUUCAUUGUGUGUAAUGUCACUAUACAUUUCUUAUAUAUCUAUACAGAAUUAUUAAGUAUUCAGGUCACAUCUUUCCACAUAAUGUACUUAAGGAUUAAAUAUACCCCUAUAUACUAGAUUAUAAAUAGGGAGUCUUAUGAUUUUCCAUUGGAUAUAAAACUGAUAAAAUGAGUCUUCCAAUUUUUCAUUUUGACUGAACCUCUGGCAAGGUAAAUAAUGUAAACUGAAAAAUUUUAGAUGAGUUUCGUUACUCUCAAAUGAAAUGGAAACAAAUGUAAGAUUCUGUUUAUCACAACGUACAUAAUUCUGUAAACAUUUGUGAAAGUAGCAUUUUAUAAAGACCAAGUUUAAUUUGGCAGUAUUCAGACAUCACAAGGCUUAUGACACUAUGUUGCAAAAUCACAAUUGAGUCGUUGGAAAACUUUACAACUCCGCUAUAUAGGUAAGUCAUAUUACAUGUGUGUCAUAAAAAUUUAUAUACCAUAUAUAUGUAAUGGGUUUUAUAACACUGAUUACAGAGAAUACAAUGUAAAAUAUUCAUUAUUGAUCACAUAAUCUGCCUGGAAUUCAUCCAUGUCAUAAUUUUGCUUAUAUUUCACUUUUUUAAUAUACCCUAGAGCGUUUUUCAAUGGCUGCUUCAGUCUGAAAUUGCUUGUGAUGUUAUAAUAUAGACAAUUAGGAAAUGAAAAUAGUACAAAAAAUGGUUGCUUCCAUUGAAUCCAUUUUCACCUUGAACCAAGUCAAAAUGUAACAUUUCUGGGUUGUGUGAUAAAAGAAAUAAAUUUUCAAAUCUUUGUUUCAUUUCCUUUGGGAGUUUUUAUGAAACGCGCCUGAAAGUUUUAAUCUAUUGCUUAGCCUUGCAAAGGCUUGCAAAAACCAACACUUCUAAUGCUUGUACCAUAAAAUCUGAUAUUAUGAAAUAUAAACUUAUUUAAACUUCUGUAUCUGGCACUAAGUCCAUGUCUGCAUGUACGUUUUGUCAGGUAUCAGUAUCACUGCCAUUUCAUAUAGCCAACAUCGCCAUAAUGUUUCCUAGCUGGGCUCACUGCAGAAUAUACAGGUUAAGGUUUGGGUGGUCGAGUAGUGCAGUGGUAACACACUUGCUUUUCACUUAGCCAUCCAUGGUUCGAUUCUCAGAACAGACUUGAAAAGGUAUGCAGGGGUCACCUCCUCAAACACAUGGAUUUUCCUCAGGUUCUCUUGUUUCCUCCCACAUUAAGAACUCACCCCGGCACAAUUCAAUACUCGGCAACAAGAAUGAUCAAUAUAAGCUUAUAGCUUGUUUAUAUUUAAGGUAAUCAUCACAUAGCAAAUAGGAUAAGUACUGGCACAACAUUUUCAUCAUUGCCUUGCUCAAGUCAAAAUCUGGUGUAGUUGGAAAUGGGAGACUUCAGUCAAUUCACUGGAACAUGUUGUCAUACUGUGAUAUUUGAUUAAAGGUGUAGAUAUUGAAAUAUUGUGGUAACCAGAUGUAGUUGUGAUUCUGAAAUAAUAUAAUAAUAGAAACACUGUAUUAAUGGAAUGGAAGUCAGUCACUUAAUGAUAAUCUUUGUUUUGUAGGGCAAUACGUGUAUGUUUUCAACAAUGGAAACUUACAAUGUAUACCUGAUCAGGAUUUGUUCAGCUGUUCUGCUUUGAAUGAUCCAAAUUCAUUAUGGUUUUACUAAAAGUUUAUAACAAAAGGAAUUUCUACAACAAAGCUUCAUUUUCUUAAAUUUCAUCUUCAAGUUAUUGCUUUCACGAUUUUUAUUCUAUCUUUAGAAAAGAAACAGUACUAGUACAUUUGUACUAAUGAAUAUCUUUAGUGUCAAGUUCACAGCAGAGACUGAAUUAUUUACUAUAAAGAUAUUUACAAAUGGAAAGUUUGAUCUAUUGAUUCAGGAAGCAAAGUAUUUCAUGGUUGUUCAUAUGUAAUAAACUAAUGUGUUAUAUAGUUUGAUGUACAAUAUAUAUAAUGAUGUGUAACUAAAUUUGUAUGGAAUGAUAAUAAACGAGAAUGAAAUAUA